GCCACCUCCGACGGUUCGACCUCACGCGGACACGGUUCUCGAGGAAGACACUCCGUCUCUUCGUUUCCUACUGUCCCAGAUCAUUUAAUCGGGGACGCUAUGACGGAUGAAGAAUUCAACCAGAUUUAUUCUGGUAGAGGAGACGCGAAUCUCCCCACUCUUGAUAGUCUAUUCGAGGAUGUUGAUGAAGCAGGACUGGAUAAUCUUGACGGGGACGAUGAGCCUACACCGCAAAGCAACGACGUCGACGUGGAGGCAGGUGAGCCCGAGACCUCUCGAGGUCCGGACAAAGGUAAGAAAAAAUAUAAAUCAGAAUUAUUUGUUUAUCAUUUUGACAAAGACACAAAAGAUGGCAUAGUUUAUGGAACUUGUAAACAUUGCGGGACCGUCAUAAAAAUGGGAGUUUCCGGCGGUUAUGGCGGUCCGGAAAAACACCUAAGGUCGAGGCAUCCCGUGGAGUACGCCAAAUACGGGGCCAAAAAAAGGGACGACAAGAAGUGCAAACCCAAAUUUCUCGGUUUGCUAACAGAGCCAUAUGAAACGAUCAUGGCGGAGAGUUCGAACGAGAUCUCUUUACAGCACCCUUUCCGCUGCGUUAACCAAGCCUCGUUUCUCAACAGCCUUGACAUCACCCUUUCUUGGAUUGACACCAACGUCUCCCAAAUGGCCCAAAACAUCAACAUUUUGAGUCGUAAGCUUCACGGGUAUUUUGACUUUGUCAACUACCCUUAUGCUCAAAUGGUCCCUUACGUUCCUCCGCCAAACUUUGGGGGUGAACCAAGUGGGACAAAUGACGUUAGAGUUGAAGAUGGCGAAGAAGAAGAAGAAGAAGAAGAAGAAAAGGAAGAGGAAGACAUCGUCGAAGACCAACUCCUCGAUGAUCUCUCCCCAGAUUUCUAGAGCUCUAGCUCUUUUCUCUUUUCUCUUCCUAUUUUUUAUGCAUUUUAAAAUUUGCUUCUGUUGUGUACUCCGCUUUUUCCCUUAAUUUAAAAAAAUAAAAUGUUUAUGGUUUU